AAACAAGCUUUCAGACGAGAAAACUAAAAGAAUAUAUUACAAUUUAGUUCAUAAUUGCGCCAACCGCAUCUACUACGUCCCGAUAACGACAGCACUGGAAAUGAACAUCUUGCUCAGUCCGUUCCGAGGGCCAUCCCGAACCGGAGCAGAGUGGUUCUCCGUCGGCGCCGCCUCAUCAUUUCCGGAAGUCGGCCUUGGACUUGAUGAAAAUCAAGAAACCCAUGAAAUCGAAAGCGAGUCUCGGCUGUGUGGCAGCAGGGGCAACCAUGGCGAGGAUGCAAAACCGGGUUGCAAAGUCUUCCAUGUCCCCAAGGCAGAUAGUUCCCAGCGGACAGAAGUUGAGAUCCCAGCAGAGGACUCGGCUCAGGACUUGACGGACCAGGUUCUCGUAUUUCAAUAUCGGGGCAAGUUUCACGCAAUAGACCACCAAUGCCCUCAUUCCUCUUUCCCGCUUUCGCAGGGCACCCCAUUCGAUAUCGAGGACUUUGGUAUCGUCCUCAGUGCAGGCCUGACUUGCCCGAAGCACAAUUGGUCCUUUGACCUCUUUUCCGGCCGGUCUGACCGCGGGAACUACAAGCUCAAAGUAUGGGAGGUUGAGCUGCGCGAGACCCAGGCCGGCGAGAAAGAGGUGUGGGUGAGGAGAAGGCCGAGGAUCGGUUGAAGCCGUGAUUGAAGCCUUGAUUAAAGAACUCUACCUGCUCAUCAUAUGCUGGAACAUAGGAAGGUUUGGUGGCACUUAUGCUAUCCGACCAUGGCAAGUCCUCCUCUUAUAUGUUUUGGACACAGCCUUUACUCCUCAAGCCGAACGCACCCGGCCCGUCCGCGCCUUCGACCUUUCGCCGAACCAGUAUGUCGUCAAACACCUGCUCCAGGCUCACCAACGCCUUGGCACAGAUCUGGUGGUGGAGAACGAUCCGCGGCGCGGCGAUCAAGAUGCCGUUCCGCAUACCCAUGCCGUUCAAUGUCUCAGCCGUGACGCCAGCACUCGCAAGAUCCAACCAAGCCAUGUUGGUCUCACUUGGGCGGAGCAACUUCCCACCCCGGUCCGUCCACAUGCGCGUCACCGCCGCCGCCAUGUCAUGAGUGACACUGAACACGCCCCCCACGUCAACAUCCCCCGGCCCAAA